AUGGAUCCCCCAACGGCUCAGGAUAUUUUCGACCAAUUUGACUUGGUACAGUCCGUUGUUACCAAGUAUGGAAUUGACCUGAGAGACAUUAAACCCCCUAGCGUCGAAUACGAGGAGGAACGGAUUAGCUUGCGGAUGAAAUUCGCCAACGCAGCCGCUCUUUUCAAGGAUGCAAAAACCGAGCUCCAAGAGUUGUCCCAUCAGGAGACUAUGCUUGAGCUAGGUGGAAAGAUCACAGAUUUGGAUAGAGAAUUUAAGGAAAAUUGCGUCACGCGGAACAAAAACUGGGAGGCGCAACUCAGGGUGACCAUGGAUGAGUUUCGUCAUCAGCUUGCGUUGGUCCUAUCCCUACCAACCCCAUCCACUGGCAUAGAAGCUGGGACCCAGACAGAGGAACGGGAGCAUGAUAGCCACACUGGAAUUCAAAGAGAGCAGAGCGAGAACGACAUCGAAAUAGUUCAGGUGACAUCGACUGACACCCAGCCCAAUGUGAUUCAAACAGAGCACAGGGAACACGACAGGGACACAAUCAGGGAGACACCCGCUGGAAAUGAGUCAGAUGACCCACACCCUGGUCAGCACGAAACUACCAUGGGCGAAUCUGUUGAAGGGAAUCCUCUUGACAACCUAGUACCCGAGCCCUCGCCUCUGGCAGAGAUCGAACUGGAACAAGGUCCGACUUUCGAUGAUAAAGAGGAUGACACGGAAGGAAACGGCGCGGAUCAUGAUACAAACCACACUGCGGAAGAUGUCACAGUCAAUCACGGAGACACCACAAACCCCGAGGCGAAUCUUGAGGAGACGAUGAACGAUGCGCCGGCGGAGAAUGACGACGAGGCCAGUUCUUCUGGCAUCUCUUCUGACAGUGACGACGAGCCUAUAGUACCAACGAGCAUACGUCGAGUAUCAAGCCGUAUCGCCGGCAAUAGUGCUGAGGUGCUUGAGACUCCUGUUCGCCAAACUCGCUCAUCUAUGGCCCGCAUAUCGAGUUCACGAGCAACUAGUUCAUCAAAACAGAAAGAGCCCCUGAGAAACAAACGGAGGGCUUCGAAUGCAUCUCCGCCUCCCACGAGGAGCAAACGGCUGAGAGGCGGGGCUGAAAUCGCAAAACAAACAAAUGAAAGUCCUCGACAAGCACAACCUGCUCCGAGACAGCCGAGCAAACGUACGAAAACGCCUGCAGGAGGACCACCCAGCAACACGACAACGGAGCUUCCACAAAAAGGAGGAAACAAGUCUGCAGACCCUUCGACGAGGGUGUCGCGACGGCGCAGCCAGAGACAUGCCGUGCAAUCAGGAGAGGACGGGGAAUUUCAAGGCGUCCUAGAACCAGUUCCUGGAAAGGUUUAUGCAACCUACUGGGAGGGCACCAAGUCUUUCCUCGCCGUUGUCGUGCUCCCCAUGGGCGAUUUCUCCAGCGUGGGUUUUGAAGGGUCCAUCGACUCGUGUGAUUUGCCAAAAAACCCCUGUUGGACCAAGAAUCGAAAAAAGGAAUACACAUGGGCGAAAGGAUACAGAAAUGGCGAGGCACUGGAGAAGGAGCGUAUGUUCCCUGUGCUGUACUUUGACGGGGGUUACUUUCCCAGCAAGAGUGCGAUCAUGUGGUGUGCAGGGAGAGACUUGCUCCGCCAGUACCUUCAAUCGAGGGGCCUCACAGAGGAUACGCAAGAUUCAGAGGCAGGACGAGCCAGAACUAAAUCAGCGGCGCGUGAAGGUCCAGAGACCGAAGCAGCCGGAACAGAGUCAGUGGCACAUGAAGAGCCAGAGGCAGAACGCGCCGGAUCUGAAUCAGUGGGAGGUGAAAUUCAAGUGGCUGGUUCUGAUGACGACUUUGCUGGAUCCAGCGACACCGAUAGUGACUCCGAAGACCUUGACGCUACUGUUGAUGCGGAGGAAGAGGAAGAUCUUGACAUGGCCGAUGUACUAACAGAAGAGCCGUCGAACACGAGACGACGGAGUCAACAGAACAGGCCGGAUCAAAGGGAAGAAGACAGACCAGCAGAUGAAUCCCCAGAGCCUGAAAGACCUUCAGAACCAGCAGCCAUACCAGCAACAGCCUCUCCCUUUGAUGAACCGCUUACUGAGGCAUCUGCCUUGGAUGAGCCCCUCGUCGACAAGCAAGUGAAUUUUGAUCUCAUCAACGAACACGUCCGGGAUACACCUCGUAAAGAGCAGAGAGAGACGAGACCCUCAAACAAGGAAGAAAAUGUCGUCGUGAUACUCUCCGACUCAGAGGGUGAGAACGAUACACCAGCUACAAAGACAGAAGACCAUAGCACCGCUCCGAGACCCCUUUCGCACAUAUUUCCCUUCGAGACACUAGACCGUGCCUCAUAUCCUCCUAUAGGGACCUUUCGUCAUGCUUCGACGGCCGCGUCGCAAGAGAAAUCGGCGUCUCCUUCACAAGCUCAGCAAGAGCCAUCACAAGGGCGACCGCAGCGGACGCGUUCAUCAGUUCAUCAGCUACUGAACGACCCUUCACCAUCACAUCAUGGGCGAUCCGAAUCGGUGUCUUCUGCACAAGCUCAACAACAAUUAUCAAUUUGCCAACCAGAUCCACCCGCGAGAGCAGAACCCUCACGGCGAGACACUUCUCGUUUCCGAAUUCAUGAUAUCCUUUCACCAGAACCGUCUUCCGAACCUAGCGGUAGUGCACAACCCGCCCAGCGCGAGAGAUCACCAUCUACGCUUCAGGAGACGGCUGUUCAAGCUGUUAACGCGAUGUUCCCUGGGUCUGGGACGCGACAAAAAAAGGCUUGCGAGAAAUGUAGUAAGCUGAAGCGUCGCUGCGAUCCGAGCCACUUGUCCGGACUCACUCAGACAGUAACGGCAGCUUCUCUAUCUCCUCGGCCAGUUGUGCACUCCAGGUCUAGCUCAGCUCAACACCAUCCAACACCGUCGGCCUCGCCUUCUGUAAACCUAACCGACGACCUCCACGCAUCGCAAUCGCCACUUUUUAAGUUCUUUGGGAAGCAGACGCUUCAAUGCGAACAAACCCCGCAAUCUACACAGAGCGAAACACAAGUGCCUUCGCCAAGUUUCCAUCUCCAAAGGCGAUCCGCUUCAGCUGCGAUUUCUCAACGUGGUUCAUCCAUAUCUCAGAAUGACCGAGGUCGCAGCGACGAGGAUUGGUCUAGACCUGACCGCCCCCCUGCAGAAACGUUCGACGAAUUCAUCUACGACGAAAGAGGCGACCUUCCACCCGACCAUUCCUGCUUCCACGUAGUAAACAUCCUCGAAAAACCUCGAUACUUUAGCCCAAUGUCCCGCUCGUCGAGAUGUCCUCCAGGUCUCACACGAUACCUUGCUGAGCUACUGCAGGCGGCGGGUGAUGCACUCAGGCCGGGUCUUGGAAUUGAGGAAAACUUUCAAUUAGUUGAUGACAAAGGGUACAGCGGAGGGUACUGGUGUCCUUUCUGCAAGGCCUGUAAUUGUCACCGCUUUGAUACUUAUAUGGAACGGGCGAAUUACGUGGCGCAUUUACUUACUCAUUGGCGGAAGGCUGGGGGGUCCUAG